AUGGAAGAUCUUGAAAAGAAUUUCAGCAAGCUGUCAUGCAGCACUGUUGAAACCACUAUAUCUGAAGCUCCUGCUGAAAGAGGCGCUGAAGCAAGACCUCAACACGCAGAUGGAGGGGCAUCAGCAGAGGUCCAGGUGGCCCAGCCUGUAGAAAGAAUCAUGCUCUUGGUCUUCUGUGGCAUCCCAGGGUCCGGCAAGACUACAUUGGCGGACAGAUUGAGGCAGAACGGAUGGGUUAUCAUCUCGCAGGACACGCUUGGAAGCCGCGAAGCAUGCAUUGAUGCAGCAGCAGCAGCCCUUGGGGAUAAGAGGAGAGUAGCGAUCGACAGGACGAAUAUAGAUGAAUAUCAACGAGCGCACUGGAUUCGACUAGGGAAGCAACGAGGACUCUCAAGGCAACAAAUCGCGGUUAUGCUGUUUCAAGCUCACCCUGACGUCUGCUGUGAUCGCGUCAUGUCGCGACGGGGCCACCCGACUCUCGGCCCGAACAAGAAGAGCCUGGGUAUCGUACGGAAAUUUGCGCAAAGCUUUCAGCAGCCAAGGGAGGAAGAGGGAUUCGGCAAGAUGUUUGUGUGCCGCGAUGCUCUCCGACAGACUUUCCCUGCUCUCAUGUAA